AUGGCGUUCCGCGGACUCACUCGCUGUCGCGCUCUGACGAGCGGCACCGCUAGACGCGCGCCAUUCCGGUCGAUUGGUCCAGGAACCAGUUCAUCAAGAGCCAAGUUCUUCCGAUCAGCUCACACAGGGCCACAAUCCAGGAGAAGCGGUAAACUCAUACCUCUCCAACUCUUGGUUCUCGGCGCCAUUCCGCUCUUUGCCGGAUACCUCAUCGGCCGAUCUAGCACCUCGGGACCGGCCGCCGAGGGACAAGCGAAGCUAUCCCAUGUGGAUUUCGCGAGCCGGAAGGAAAUGGUAAAGGCGGCUCGGGAGAUCUCCAACGCUCUGGAUGAAGGGGCGGUCAGCUUCGAUGAAGAUGAGAUUGAGGUGCAUGGCCACUCUGACUGGUCUACGUCCAACUCAAGCGGUCGCCCUGUGGCUAUCGUCUACCCCAAGACCACUGAGGAUGUUUCGCAGAUAGCCAAGAUUUGCAACAAGUACAACGUGCCUAUGGUGCCUUUCGGCGCUGGAUCUUCCGUCGAGGGAAGCUUCUCAUCGCCGUACAGCGGAAUCUGCAUUGACUUUGUGCACAUGGACAAGAUCAUUGCUUUCCAUCCUGACGACAUGGACGUCGUUGUCCAACCAGGCGUAAACUGGGUAACCCUCAACAAAGAGAUUCAAUCCUCAGGCCUCUUUCUCCCGCUUGACCCUUCCCCCACAGCCUUCAUCGGCGGCAUGGUCUCAACAAACUGUAGCGGCACAAACGCCUUCCGCUACGGCACGAUGAAGGACUGGGUCGUCAACCUGACCGUCGUCCUCGCCGAUGGGCGCAUCAUUAAGACGCGUCGGCGGCCGCGCAAGAACUCGGCCGGGUAUAACCUGACGAGCCUAUUUGUUGGCGCCGAGGGCACGUUGGGGAUCGUGACGGAGGCGACUGUGAAGCUGGCUGUCAUGCCAGCAGAUACGAGUGUCGCCGUUGUGUCGUUUGGGACGAUUGAGGAGGCGGCGAGGGCGGCGACGGGGUUGAUCAGGAGCGGGGUGCCGCUUGGGGCGUUGGAGCUUUUGGAUGAGGUGCAGAUGGAGGUAAUUAAUCGGCAUGGGAGUGAGGCUGUUAGGAAGACUGCAUGGGAUGAAAGUCCGACGUUGUUUUUGAAAUUCGCCGGGACCACCGAUGGUAUCAAGGGGGAUGUUGCUAGGGUCAAAGAGAUUGUGCAGCCGUUUAAGCCCCGCAAGGUCUUCUUCGCCAGAAACAAGCAGGAAGAAGCCGAUCUAUGGGCCGCGAGAAAGGAAGCUCUUUGGACAAUGACGUCGAUCAAGCCAGAGGGGUACUCUCUCUGGUCUACGGAUGUGGCUGUGCCGAUCUCGAGAUUGGCCGAGAUAAUCACAUUGUCGAAAGAAGACUCUGGAAAGCUCGGUCUCUUUGCGAGCGUCAUUGGACAUGUCGGAGACGGCAAUUUCCACCAGGCGGUCAUGUAUGACCCGAAGAACGAGGAGCAGCGGGCUUCGGUUGCCAAGUGUGUUCAUGAUAUGAUGGGCAGAGCAUUGGAGAUGGAGGGUACUGUCUCAGGAGAACAUGCCAUCGGCAUCGGGAAGAAAGAUUGUCUUGUUGAUGAGCUCGGCGUUGAUGCUAUUGAUUUCAUGAGGACGUUGAAGCAGGCAGUGGAUCCAAAAUGGAUUAUGAAUCCUGGCAAGGUGUUCGACCUCCCGAGCAACUCGAAAGCUGUUGCUGCAUCAUGA